AUGGACAGAACUGUAAGAGCUGUGAUAUUAGUCAUUACGGGCGUCGGUAUACUGAGCGUGCUCCAGAGUCCGGCGUUAGUUAGUGCUUCCGACGAUGAGCAUGGCGCACCGGAAAUUGAACCUGUCGACGAGACGAUCUUGCUGUCGAAAGGUGCCGACAUGAACUUCACCUGCAGGUCACACGAACCGAUCGAGUGGACACACUACGCCUCGACGCAUAAUUGGGCACCGCCGUACGGAGUGGUUGACCAGUAUGAGGCAGACGAUCCAGAUAAACCGUACGGAGCCGUACUGAUGCUGACGAACGUGUCAGCCGUGACGGUAGGUCGCUACUACUGCGUGCACAAGAAGGCUUACAACGAAGAAGAAGUGGAAGAGCUCGAGGAAGGGCCCGGAGAGCCACGGGAGGACAGGUUGGACGAGCUUGUGGCCAACUACCAGGCCACGUCCGUUUAUGUGUUCGUGAGCGACCCCGAGGAACCACUGGUUCCGAUCGAUCUGCCCGUGUUUCACGUCAACCAGUACGAAAGCUUCAUCCUGCCCUGCAAACCGACGCAUCCAGAAGUCGAGGUUGAGCUGUACAAGGAUCUCGAGGGCGAUUUGAUUGACCAAUAUAAGUUCAGUUUCACGCAAGGAUACGAACUAGAGUUUAACAGGCUGGAGGACGGCGGUUCCUAUUACUGCCAGGCGAAAGGCCAACCCGAGCACCGCAUCCACUUGCAGGUGACGAUCAACGAACACUACGCCAACGACACGGCCAAUGCCACGGUUGCCGGGAGUAGCUCCCCUCGUUAUGACCUCACAACCGAAGACCGCCACACGACUCCACCGAGUAUCGCCAAUGUCUAUCCUCAUAGCGAGAACUCGUCACAUCUUCCAUUGCCUUAUCCACCCGUUUCCGAAUACUUGUUGAAGCCCACCAUUCACAGCGACACGAAAGAUCAUGUACCGCUCGGGAAGCGCAUAAGGCUGGUGUGCCGAGUGAACAUCCGUACUGGAGUUCGGUUCACGAUGGAAUGGGAGACUCCGGCGCCACAGUUGCAGGAUAACCGGAUCGAUAUUAGACCGGUAAAGAUGGAACCGGUGGAAAAUGUCGAUCAUCGUGAGUACGGUUCUCGGGAGCUGAUCAUCGAAAAAGCAACGGCUGCCGACGACGGAACUUAUAAGUGCGUGGUAAAAGAUCAUAACGACCAUACGAGCAGCCACAGCUUCAAACUGAACGUGAGGAAAACACCCGAGGACUAUGUGUUUCUGCGCGAGGAAAACAACCUCAACGAUAUCAACGUGAGACGGACGCCCAAUGGACGCAUAUCACCGAUUAACAUCGUUAUCGAGUACCGGUCGUUUCCAGCCAACAUCUCCUACUACUGGUCAAAGGACUAUGCAUUGGAGAUUUCAGAGGAGAACAUCGGCAUGUUUAAGGGCAAGUACGAAGUCAACCGUACAGAUUCGUACGUUAAGCUGAAGAUCAACAGUCCGAUGGUUGAAGACACGGCAAACUACACGCUACACGUUAUGGCCGGUAACGCAGAAAAUACGCGGCGUAUGGGUGUUUACGUUCACGAUAAACCGAUUGUCUCGAUGAAUAGUAUGUUUGUCAAAUCGGGCGAAGACGUAACAUUCAAAUGCCGUGCCAUCGGCUAUCCACGUCCAGACAUUUCUUUUAUGUUUGUCCCGUGUCUCGAGUCGCCGUGGAAAAACUGCUCCAUUGAUGCCAGAAAGAAAAGUAGCAGUUGGGAUUCACCGAGCCCGGAUAGCGUUUCGGAGCGAACUGCAAGAACGCAACCAAGUGGAACGGGCGAAUCGGUAGUCGCCAAAUCCCGUACGUACUCCCUUAAUGCUAAUCAGCCCGGAGUUGUGUACUGUAGGGCCUCCAACUCGGAGGGUGAUGUAUUUACGCAGGCAGAUCUGCUCGUCAGCCCCAUGGAGGACGCGGUCACAAUGAAACAGGUACGCCCAACGACUUCGGAGGUCACCGUUGGCGAUCAGUUGAUGAUCAUUUGCUCGGCACUCGUGUACAAUCACACCAACGAGAUCACGCUCGAGCUCAACGGCCGCGAUUUACAAGAGUCGGACGGUGUGAAAAUGGUGUACUCCGGUGAGUUGUAUGCCUGGCAGGCUCAGCUCACGAUCGAUCACGCAGCGCACGAGCACUCCGGGGAUCUGUACUGCAAGGUGAAGACUAUGGAGAACAACUUCGAAACCAGGGUGUUCCAUCUGGAGGUGCUCAAUCCGGUGGCUCCGCAGCUACUGUCGGGAAAAUCGAACGAAAGCAUCUCGGUUGACCUCCACGAUGCACUCCAGCUGGAGUGUGACAUCGUCGGUACACCGAAACCAACCAUCGUUUGGAUGAAGGACGAUGCACCGAUUGUGUUGGAAGAAAAUAGCAACCGGGUGCAGCUAACAAACACGACGCUGACCUUUGAGUACCUCAAGAACGAAGAUUACGGUACAUAUGAGUGCCGAGCGGAGAAUAAAAUGGGCACGAUCGAGAAGUACUGGAAGGUGGAUAUGCGCAGUACCGUUGUAAGAAAAUCUUUGCUUUACGCAACCGUGGGCCUACUAUUGCUGCUAAUCAUUGCGAUCGUGCUGGUAUCACUGUUCUACUGCAAGAAAAAGAAGGAAGUGAAGGCCAUGAAGGAGGCCGGAAUCGUGAACUUCGAGGAGGGUAACCUUGGUGUUUACAACCCCGAUCUGGCACUGGACGAACAGGCGGAUCUACUACCGUACAACGCGGAGUACGAGUUUCCGAAGGAUCGCCUCAAGCUCGGCAAACAGUUGGGAACCGGUGCGUUCGGUGUAGUGAUGAAGGCCACCGCUACCCGCAUAAUGGUGAACGAGGACGAAACAACCGUCGCGGUGAAGAUGGUUAAGAAGCAAACCGACAAUGAAGUGAUGCGAGCCUUGGUUUCCGAGCUCAAGAUCAUGGUUCACCUGGGACAGCACCUUAACGUGGUGAACCUACUUGGAGCGGUUACGAAAAACAUUGCCAAACGUGAACUUAUGGUGAUUGUGGAAUACUGUCGAUUCGGUAACAUACAAAACUUCCUUCUGAAACACCGUCCCUACUUUAUCGACCAGAUAAACCAGGAAACGGGGGAAAUUGAUUCCUCCAUCGAUAAAAAUCAGUUGCGCUGGUCAAAAUGUGGCUACCAAUACAACAGUCAGGGCUUGAAAUAUGUAAAUCUUUCGUUUUCCACCAACAAUGUUAAUCAUCAUCCGCUCCAACAUCCGCCCGCUUUCUACCAUAAUCACAUCGACAGCGGAUCGACCCAGCAAUACGUCGACCCGAAGAAGCAUCUGAACUCGAAGGGCUACGUGCGCCACUCGGGACUACAGAACAUGGCUAUGGUGGACAGUUGCAACACGGAGGUGACCGCAAUGACGUCGGUGGAAGUGGAAGAUCUGAACACUGCCAAUUCGAACGAACCCCUGUGGCGGUCUAAUUACGGCAUGGAUUACAAGGGUCCUGCUCGAUCCGUCAACACGACCGAUCUGGUCUGUUGGGCGUCACAGAUCGCAAGCGGAAUGGAAUACCUUGCCUCGCGGAAGGUCCUGCACGGUGAUCUGGCCGCCCGUAAUAUCCUGCUGUGCGAUGACAAUGUGGUAAAGAUUUGCGACUUUGGACUGGCCCGGUCGAUGUACAAGAGUGAUAACUACAAGAAGAAGGGCGAGGCGCCACUACCCUUCAAGUGGCUCGCUCUGGAGUGCAUCAGCGACAACGUGUUCAGCACGUAUUCGGACGUCUGGGCGUACGGAAUCGUGCUGUGGGAACUGUUCUCACUCGGGAAGGUGCCGUACCCGGGCAUGGAGGCAAACCAGGAGCUAUACAACAAACUGCGGGAUGGGUACCGGAUGGAUAAGCCACAGUAUUCGAAUCAGGAUAUCUAUGACAUCAUGCUGAACUGUUGGAACGUGAAGCCUGAUUCGCGUCCAUCGUUUAAGGAUCUGAAGAGCCGUUUCAACGCAAUGCUGCCCGACGAACUGCGGGAUCAUUACAUGGAACUAAACGAACCUUACCUGCAGAUGAACGCAGAGAAAGUUGAACGUGGUGAUACCGACUACCUAGCCAAUCUGGGUCCUCCGGAAGAGCCAGCUCCAACAGCACCAAACUACGUGAAUGGCAUUAUUUUACCGUUACCACCAAUUUCAGAAAUAAGAAAUGAAAAAGAUUACCUAAAAAUGUCCCCCACCAAAUCGGACUCGGACGAGGACCAUUUCGAUUUCACGAGGUUCAACAGCGAGCGCCAUUCGCCCACCAUUCGCAACAAUCUCGACACUAGUCCACCGAACGGUAGCAAACGGCACAAAAAGCGUGGCCUCCCGGAAGAGAUACCAAUGCUGGAGGGGGGAGGCGGGGCGAAUCGGCUCUCAGCGGUGGCCAACGGAUUCAACUCCGACUCAGAAACGGAAGCCACCGUAGGCCCAAAGCCGCGGGAACGUACCAGCAAGCACAAUCCCGAGCCGGAGUAUAUGAACGUGAAGAACCACAAAUUUGGCGCUCGGGCGGGUAACGACGAGCCGACGGGUGCCAACCACGAAGCGAUCAGUAAUCCCGGAUACAUUGCAUUAAGUAUGGUCGACGAGAAACGCUGCUAGUAGUUAGAAGUAUAUUUACUUAAAAGGACAGAUCGAAGCAUGACGCGCUCCAAAAUAGUCCACAUGACUUUCGAACGAUAACGUCGUGCCUGGUGUAGUAAUGAGACUAUUUUUGUAUGGAUGUUUCAGCUGUGUGUAGUAUUUGUAUGUGUAAAUAAUUUAUAUCCGGACAAUGCUUUGAGCUUUUUUCAAUUCGUUAAGCAAUGGCCCAUGCGCGUAGAACAAAAAAGCAACUUCCAACAAUG